AUGACACAAAUGAGAGCUGAUCUUAAGAAUAUUUAUCCAAAUAUUAUUCCUAUUCACUGUUGUCUUCAUGCCUUUAAUCUUCUUGCAAAAGAUAUUUCUGCAUUUCCGCCUUUACAAAAAGUUAUUAAAAACAAUCAAAAGCUUGUUAACUUCUUUACAUCUUCUUACAUUUGGCUUCGAACAUUACAAGAAUGGCAAAAAAAAGAAAAAAUACAACAUUCACUUACAACAUUUUGCGAAACUAGAUGGUACUCUCUUGCAAAAGUCUGUUUAGGAGUAAAAGCUUUCGAAAAAGGAUUUCAGCAAUGUAUUGAUCUUAGUGGAACUAGCAAUUAUCCAACAAUUAGAAUGGAAAUUCAAGAUAUAGUUACCAAUCGUCAUCAUUUUGCAGACAAUGAUAUAUUAAUAAAGGUGCUUAUUCCUAUUGUGGAUGCCAUUGGUCGCCUUGAAUCGAAAGAUACUACAUUAGCUGAUAUUUUUAAAGAAUUAUUGAAUAUUCAUUGCACUAUAUCUACAAUAAAUAUUCCGAUAGAUGAAUUCAAAAACCAUACCUUGACAGCUAUAGAUAAACGAGCGCAACAAAUGUCGGGAGAUUCAAUUAUUAAGGCAUCUUUAGAAUUAGCAAAAGCUUGGAACUUUAAUAAAAGAGAGGCAACUCUUUUAUUUAAAGAACUUAUUAACUAUAAGAAUGAUGAUGCUCCUUUUGAUAAUCAAAAAAAUAUUAAAGAUAUUAAUCCUAGAAUUUUUUGGACCCGAUUUACUGAAGGCUCUCCACUUCUUCGACGUUUUGCUAUGAAAAUAUUCGCAAUUGUUCCACAUACAGCAACUAUUGAACGGUUAUUUUCUAGCUUAGGAAUAAUAAAAACAAAAGUACGGAACAGAAUAUCUCCUACUUUAAUGGGAAUGCUUGGAAUGCUUCGUCACGAUCUUCAGCAAAGAUUGCCAGAAAAAAAAUCUAAGGCGAAAGAUAAAAACUUUAUAAAUAAUGAUAUUGAAGAUACUGAAGAUAUCAAUAUUGAAUAUUUUUUUGAAGAAGAUUUUAAUGAGGAGUUUUUACAAAUUAAUGUUGAACCGUCGAAUCCACUACGUGAAUUGCCUAGGAGAACUACUGUAUAUGACAACCUGGGUAACCAGUCCCAGGUUCUCUAUUCAGACGCCCUAACUUUGUCGUUGGCAAAGGAUGUGACUCUUACCAAUGGACAAGCCGUUUAA